AGAAACACGACUCCUGUCCCAGCUCAGGAGGAGCGGGGCUCUUUGUCUGCGUUUCUCAUUGAUUUCUCAUUGAUUUCUCAUGACUUCAGCAUGGAGCUUCUGACACAUGCAGGUAUACUCAUGAGAUACUCGUGAAGAAACGGGAUUUUACGACAUCUUGAGCUCACAUACACACACGCAUAUACACGAACCGUGGAGGUUUUGCGUGAUAAUCAUCGUGUUUUUCAAUCAUGGGUUUCUGGAAGAACAGACACGAGUGGAAACUUCACGAGAACAGUUUCUUCAUCAUCAUCAUCAUACUAUUCACACUCACCAAUGAAGUGACGUACGUGCGGUCGGCCUCUUUCUACUUCACCAAAGAGGCCAAGUCUCAGGACGCCCUUCACGGUCGCAGUGCUAUGCUGCGCUGCGAGGUGAGCGAUCCUCAGGGUGUUGUGUACACAUGGAUACACAACAGCCAAACCGUCACCAACACAGAGCGACGCUUUAUAGAGGACGGGAACCUGAAAUUCACAGUCAUCGACAGAAUAGAGGAUGCUGGAAGCUUCCAAUGCGUCGCCUCUAAAAACAGCAGUGGUGAAGAGGAACGGAGCGCCGAGGUCUCCUUCAACAUCAAGUGGUUAGAAAGUGGUGCGGUGACCCUGAAGAGUCCUGAAUCACAGACGGACAUUCAGAGCUCCUCACAGGUCAUUCUACGCUGCAAUAUAGAUGGACAUCCACGACCGACCAACCGCUGGUACAAAGACAGAAAUUCACUGACAGAGAAGAGCUACAAAAUCAACAACAAAGAGCGAACGCUCAUGCUGCCCAGCGUCAGUCCUGAUGAUAAUGGACUCUAUCACUGCUGUGCUAAAAACGCCGCCGGUCAAGUGUGCAGUACAGACAACUUCACUCUCAACAUCAUAGAUAAGAGUUUUCCUCAGGUGCUGGUGAAGCCGGAGAGUUUGGUGGUGUUGAGGAAUGAAGAAGCCUUCUUUCACUGUCAGUUUACAGCUGAACCACAGCCGAGUGUGGAGUGGUAUCAUGACAAUGAGCUGCUGUCUAACAAGAGCCGGAUUUUUAUUUUGAGCAAUGGUUCGCUCUUCAUCAGUCAGGUGAAACAGAGAAACGCAGGUGUGUAUAAAUGUGUGGCUCAGGGACCUCGCGGGCCGCCCGUCUCUCUCGAAGCCUCGCUCGUCUUAGCAGAAAUCGAGGACAUGAUACCAAGGCAGUCAAAGGUGUUCACGGCGGACUCUCUGGAGCGGGUGAUGUGCCGACCGCCCCGUGGCCACCCGGACCCUGAGGUUUGGUGGGAACAUGCGGGUCAGAGGGUUCCCGCUGAGGGUCGAGUGUAUCAGGACGGACUGGCACUGGUUUUCAGCCCGACUCGCGGUGAGGACUCGGGAACAUACACGUGUUUGGCUCAAAACAAGGCGGGACAGAGAAAACAAGAGCUGACCGUCACUGUAGCAACGAAGCCGGAAUGGAUUGAGAAGCCGGUGGACAGUCAGAUGGAGGAGGGUCGUGUCGGGUUCUUACACUGCCACACUCGAGCCACACCUCAACCGGAGGUCACAUGGUACCGUAACAUGCAGCCAAUCGGCGCAGAGGACGUGCGUUUCAAGCUGUUCACAAACGGAUCUCUGCGCAUUAAUAACGUGGAGGUGUAUGAUGGACAUCUGUACAGCUGUGAGAGCAGAACUGAAGCUGGAAAGCUUCACGCUCAGGCUCGAGUCUAUGUGCUGGAGCGUCUAAAGUUCACACCAACGCCGCAGCCGUUUCAGUGUCUGGAGCUGAAUAAAGAAGGAUAUCUACAGUGUUCCGCUAAAGGCCGACAGACCCCUAGCAUCCGCUGGAUCAGAACAGACGGCAGUGAUAUCCCGGCGUGGGUCGAGCAGCAGGGCGGCACUCUUCACUUCACAAGAGUGACACGGACAAACGCGGGGAACUACACCUGUCUUGCCGCCAAUAACCAGCAGGGAGAAAUCCGAGCGGUGGUUCAGCUCACUGUCGCAGUCUAUGUGGUGUUUAAACUCAAGCCAGAGAAUACCACGGUAUAUCAGGGUCACACCGCGGUACUUCACUGUCAGGCCAGCGGAGACCCUCCACCCUUCAUUCAGUGGAAGAAGAAAGACACAUUUCUAGAGGCGGACAAGAGCAGAUUUCAGAAGAUGCCCAACGGCUCUCUGGUCAUUCAUGAUGUCAGCACCGAGGAUACAGGAAGUUACACGUGCAUUGCAGGAAACAGCUGUAACAUCGCACACACUACAGCUGAACUCUACGUCGUGGAGAAGCCGGUGCAGCACUCGCUGGCAGAUGAGGAGAAGACUCCAUAUAAAAUGAUUCAGACCAUCGGUCUGUCGGUGGGGGCGGCAGUCGCUUACAUCAUCAUCGUGUUGGGCCUCAUGUUUUACUGCAAACAGAGGCGCAACGCUCAGAGACUGCAGAAGAGUCAGGACGGAGACGAGCGAGAGCUGGAGUGUCUGAACGGAGACGUUCAGCAGAAUGGUCACACGACGGCGGAGAUCCAGGAUGAGAUGCCGCUCGCCAACAUGAGCUCCAAACGGCACAGCAGCCACGACAAGCUUCAUUUCCCCCGGAACAACCUGCACACCAUCACCACGCUGGGUAAAGGAGAGUUUGGUGACGUUCUGAUGGCUAAAGCGACAGCUGGUGACGGUGGUGAUGAGGAGGAAACGGUGGUGAUGGUGAAGAGCCUGCAGACGCGUGAUGAACACGUGCAGGUGGAUUUCAGGCGUGAAUGUGACAUGUUUGCCAAACUCAGUCACGCUAACAUCGCUCGACUGCUGGGCAUCUGCAGAGACAUUGAGCCGCACUACAUGAUCAUGGAGUACACGGACAUGGGUGAUUUGAAACAGUACCUGAGAGUUUCCAAGAGCAAAGAUGACAAGGUCAAAGUUCAACCUCUCAGCACCAAACAGAAGGUGUGGGUGUGUCUGCAGGUUGCUCGAGGGAUGGAGCAUCUGUCUAACCAGAGAUUCGUGCACAGAGACCUGGCCGCGCGUAACUGUCUGAUCUCAUCUAAACGUCAGGUGAAAGUGUCUGCUCUGGGUCUCAGUAAAGACGUCUACAACAGCGAGUAUUAUCAUUACCGUCAGUCGUGGAUUCCUCUGCGCUGGCUGCCGUCUGAAGCUGUCUGUGAGGAUGAUUUCUCCACUAAGACAGACGUCUGGUCAUUUGGAGUGCUCAUGUGGGAGGUGUUCAGUUUCGGGGAAAUGCCGUAUGCAGAACUCACUGAUGACAAAGUCCUUGAAGCUCUGCAGGAAGGGAAGCUGAAACCGUCUCCUCCGGAGGGAUGUCCAUCUCGAGUUUAUAAACUGAUGGAGAAGUGCUGGGCCGGCAGUCCUAAAGAUCGACUGUCGUUCAGUGAUAUCGUCACGGCUCUCAGCGAGCUUCCCUCUGAAAGUAAAGUGUGACACCGGAAACACUCUUAACCCUCUGUGCCGUUUAUAUAUUAGUUUAUCAAACACUUGUUGACGGGUAAAUGAGAUUUCACCCAUCACAUCUUUUGUUUUAUUAAGAUCUAGUGCCUUUGUAAUAUCAAACCAUGCACUGAGCAGUUUUAUAUUGUGGAAGGAUCGUCUCUGGAACCUCUUAAGUUUUUUUUAAAAGGUCCUGUUUUCAAUGUACAGAAAGGUACUGUUUAUAUGACUUUUUUAUGAUGUUUAUGAAUUAAGCCUCUUUUAUAUACAGUAUAUAAUACAGAAGUACUGGUAGACUGUUGAGAUAACGCGUAUAAAAUGACACGAAUGUCAUUGUUCAAAUUUCAAGUGCCUGUCAAAUGAAGGACUUUCGUAUGCUGUAUGUCACGACUUGGAAAAGCCUUGAAUGUUUUUAUACAUUGAAAGUGUUUUAUUGUUUAGUAAGAGUGUUUUAUCAUGCCAAUGCUAUCCACAUAUAUACACAUUCAGAGCUAUUCUAGACUCUGGAAACAAAAGACAAUUUUGAACAAAAGCUUCUGUUGCGUAUUCUGCUUUUGCAAUAAAAAUCUUGCUUUUG